UUUAGACGUUAUUUUCGAGUUGGUUACGGCUGGAGAUAAAGCUGUUAGUUUUAUAAAAACUGUCCCGGAUCGGUUUUUGCACUACAGUAAAUUAAAGAAAAGUUAAUAUCUCUGCACAUUGCAUAAUAAUCUUUCUGACAAUUGCGACUAAUAAGGUCGUCUAUAAAGAAAUAUGGACGUUCAAGUGAGAAGACACCGAACGGUCCAAAACCAUGACCAAGAAAAUUUUUAUGCUACCAAAAAGGUAAAUUUGCUUAUUCCAAGUAAACGACAAGGUUUGAGUGUACGCGGCGCUCUCGGGGAAAUUAACACUAACGUUGAAAUUCACCGUGAAGUAAAUGUUGGCAAAGGGACUAAUGCAUCUGCUGAACUCGAGAAAAAGCUGAUGGUUAAACGUGGCGUUCGUAACUACAAUCAUGUGCAGUCUAAAGUUGAUACAGGGCUGAAUGGUAAGCCAAUCAUUCAGCCUUCUUCAAGACCUCCAUUGAGACGGGAAGAGAGCACUGCUUAUGCAGCUCGUGCAGUUAUACAGACAAGAGCUGCAUUAAAAGAAUCUCAAACUGACUUUGCGGAAUCUGCAAAUGUCUUUCAACAAGCAAAGAAAAUUCAAGAAACAAAGAAAGCAACAAAGUUGCCGGCUAAAGUAAGCACAAAGGAGACAAGAAGUCUGCUGAAACCUAUUUUGAAAGAUCCAUCUGAAUCUCUGGGCAAACUAAAGUUAGUUGAAGAACCAACUAUACAAAAAGAAAAGAUUGUUGAGCGGGAAGUCAGGCCAAUACCAGAAUUACCACAUGACAUUGAAGAUAUUGAUGCCAAUGACAAGAAUAGUCCUUUGCUAAUGUCCAUUUACAUUAAAGACAUUUAUAAAUAUUUGACUGAACUUGAAAAGAAGUAUCCAAUUGAAACAGAUCACUUAAAAAACCAGACAGAAAUUACUGGCAAGAUGAGAGCUACUUUAAUUGACUGGUUGGUUGAAGUGCAGAGACAGUUCUCUUUAGUUCUUGAAACCUUCCAUCUAACUGUUGGCAUUAUUGAUCGCUAUUUACAGGCUGUGCCAAAUGUGCAAAGGAACCAAUUACAGCUUGUUGGAGUAACAGCAAUGUUCAUUGCAAGCAAGUAUGAGGAGAUCUAUGCUCCAGAUGUGGGAGACUUUGUUUAUGUGACAGACAAUGCUUACACGAAGUCUGAUGUUUUCCAAUGUGAGAGAGAUAUUAUGUCCAAGCUCGGAUUUUGUCUUGCACGGCCCAUUCCGUUAAGUUUCUUAAGAAGGUUUGUGAAGGCGGCUCAUGGGACCUCCAAGAAUCAUCAUCUCGCCAAGUAUUUUGUUGAUCUCAGUCUUAUUGAAUAUUCAAUGGCACACUAUCGACCUUCCGAACUAGCAGCUGCUGCAUUGUGUCUGUCCUUAUAUCUUCUCUCAACAAAAAAAUUAACUGAUGUUUGGACUGCCACCCUGUCUUACUACUCUGGGUAUAAACUUGAACACAUUGAACCAAUUAUGCAAAAAAUUGCAAAAAUUGUUAUCAAUGUUGAGAACUCUAAAUACAGAGCUGUUUAUGAUAAAUACUUAGAUGUAACAUUAGCCAAAGUUUCAAUGCUUCCUCAGCUUAAAGGCGAUCUAAUUUAUGAGGUGGCAAAAAUUCCAUCAGAUUCUUAAAGUGACCUGUAAAAUAAUCUUAUCUUAUUUAUAUAUUUAGGUGUGAAUGUCACUGUUUAGUGAAUAUUUUGGUUAUACUUUACUUAGUUUGUGACUAGGAUUGCUUUUAAGUACCUGCGUUUAUGAAGUAAAUACAAUUUUAAAUGUAAUUGUAUAUGACAAUAUUUGUUUUAGCUUGAAUAUUUUGUAAUCAUAUGGGGCAUAUCGUAUUAAUUGUAAUGAUAUUAAUUUAUUUUAAAUAUAUACAUAUAUAUUCAAUCCUGUUUAGAAUUUCAACAUCUUAAAGGUCCAACAACCAAAGCAACCAACAGCAUACCUCUAGUGUGUCUAACUUGAUUGAUAACAUUGAGAAGGUGUUAUAUAACAUUGACUUAAUAUAUCUUAAACAUGACAUGUCUUUUUUAAUAUGAUAAAUUGAAAUGAUCUUUAAAACAAAUGUUUUAAAUUUCUGUUAUUAUUUUAGAAAAAUUUAUAUGCACAAUAUUUGUUAAUUAUUAUAUAUAAAUAAAUAAUGCAUAUUAUAGUACUAUUUUACACGCAUUAGUUUUUAUUGUUUAUGUAAAUUUACAUUUCAGUCCCAAAACAAUUGUAAUCAAGUAUUUAGACUACUAUUUAAGACUUACUGACAAUGGACCAAAAUACCUACUUGUUAAUUAUAAUGACAUGUAACAUUUUUAAGCCAAGUUUUUAAUGUUUAGAUAGAUUUUAAAUGUAAUUUGAUAGAACUGUGAUUAGAUUUAUAAUUUAAUUUGUUGAAUUAAAAUGUUUUGUAAUAAAUAAAGUUUUUCAUU